AUGGCGACGCCGAUGAAGGGAGCGAUGCCGAGCGAAGACACAGAGGCGAACGUUCGCACGCGAGAGCGCGACGCGACGCUGGGAGCGAACCGGACGUGGAUCGUUGCGUUGGACUGCGGGAAGACAUCCGCGCCGCUGGUGCGGUGGUUGAUUCGGAGUCUGACGCAGGAGGGCGACGUCGUUCGGCUCGUGCACGUGAUUCCAGGGUACGUAUGA